CAUUCCGUCGGUAUUGUGGAAGCUCGAUUAGUUUCUCGAGUAAGGCUGAGCAGUUCGCGGUAGGCAUUUCGAAAGUCGACGCGAUAUUUUUGUAGGAUACGAGAGCCCCCGUGGAGACAAAUGAGAGAGUUGCGAUCGAGGGAACUCUGAUCGUUUUCGUCGAUAUGGCCACCGUCUUAGCCACGUUUUCGGUCCUCAAGGACCAUGUCAAGUUAAAAGUUACCCAGGACUAUGUGGCCAUUGACAAUAUCGUGUUCAAGUUACACUACAGGGCCACGUUUCUGAUACUGCUGAUCAGUUCGCUUCUGGUGUCGUCUAGACAAUUUUUCGGCGAGCACAUCAGGUGCGUUGCCAGUUCUGCGGUGGCGGAGCAUGUAGUCAACACAUUCUGUUUCUUCAUGUCCACCUACACCGUGGUGAAACACAUGAACGCCACGUCGGUCGAGCUGGGCAUAGUUCCUCACCCUGGCGUGGGACCAGCGACCAAAGACGACCCCGUCGUCCACCAUGCUUACUACCAGUGGGUCCCUUUCGUUCUGUUUUUUCAGGCGAUCCUCUUUUACAUGCCUCACUACCUGUGGCGGAAUGCUGAAGGAGGUCGUUUGAAGGCGUUGGUGUCCGGUUUGCAAAUGUCGACCUUGGCUCUGCACGACACCUCCUUCAAGACCGAAAACGGUAUCACGGUCCCUACGAGACAGGAACGGGACGAGAAGAUCCAACACAUUCGCGUCGCUUUCAUAAAUCGUAUCCACCUGAACCGACCGUGGGCGUAUUACUUGGGCCUUUGCGAGGUCCUGAAUUUCAUAAACGUGCUUUCGCAAAUUUAUUUCACCGACUGGUUCCUCGGCGGCGCUUUCAUGGGGCUCGGUCAAACGGUAUCGGAAAGCAAUCCCCAUAGCACGAUGGAUCCUCUCGAUGUCACGUUUCCCAAGGUAACCAAGUGCAUUUUUCACAAAUAUGGUCCCACAGGGACGAUCCAGGAGAUCGACGCUCUCUGCGUCAUGGCACUGAACAUCGUGAACGAAAAGAUCUAUGUGUUUCUUUGGUUUUGGUUUAUAAUUCUUGCGGUGCUAACCGGUUGCGGGUUGAUAUGGCGACUACUAACUAUGGUGUUGCAUGCAAGGAGCACAUCCUUCAACAAGAUUGUGUUUUCUAUGGCCUGUCCAGGGAAAUAUAACCCGUGGAACGUGCUGACGGUCACUAAUGAUUGCCAUUACGGGGACUGGUUGUUUCUAUAUUAUAUAGCUAAGAAUCUGGACAACUAUGUUUUCAAGGAUCUUUUGCAAAAAUUGGCCGAGGACAUGCAAGCAAAACGCGAAGGUUUCAAAAAUAUUCCUUCCGAGGAGGAACCGCUGACCCAUAUGGCUUGAUGUUUAUUUACACCCUUACGUCACGAUAAAUUAUUAGAAAAAAAUAAACAUCACUAACAGCGAAU